GAGAGAGAGAGAGAGAGAGAGUAAACGGACAGGGACUGCACAAGAAUGCCUUUAUUAUUUACUGGCAGACAUUGAAAGAGACGAAAGAAGGGACGAAAUGACCAAGCAAUCCUUAUUUUGAGGGAAAUGCAAUGGAAUGAGCCCUAGCUGAGCUAUCUCGAGGGAUUGCUGAGACCAGGUCCAGCACAUUAAGUGUGUCUAGGUUCCAGAGCAGCACUCCCAGUGGGACCUGCAUGUGCAAAGCCGAGCUGUGUCCUUGCAUCGUCCACUCUCUUUUAUGGGGAUUAUUGAUCGUGUCUGCUGAUUCCAGCAGAGGGGUCCUGAUCACUUUUCUAUCUGCCAAGGCAUUUCAGGGGCACCGCUAGCCAUGCCAGCCAGGAGGUCAAAGCCAUCUACAGCUCCAGCCAAUCAGAGCCUGCGUUAGUCAGCUGUCCAAUCAGAGUGGAGGAUGGCGGUGGCACCGUUUGUUAGCGAGGGGAAGUGCGUUAGCGUAGAGUGGGACUUCUUGCAGGGGCUGCUGGUCAAAAACCCGCCCGUUCCGUGCCUGCAGUCUCUGCGCAAGGAGAAAUCGCGGAACGCCGCUCGCUCACGCCGGGGAAAGGAAAAUUUUGAGUUCUUCGAAUUGGCCAAGAUGCUGCCCCUGCCCGGCGCCAUCACCAGUCAGCUGGACAAGGCCUCCGUCAUCCGACUGAGCAUCAGCUACCUGCGCAUGAGAGACUUCUGCAGACAGGGAGAGCCGUCCUGGAGCCCCCUGCUGGAGGGAGGACCGCACAACAAGGCUGUGGGGAGGACGCAGAUGUCACUGGCCACCGACCUCUUCGAGCACCACCUAGGGGGACACUUGCUACAGUCGUUAGAUGGCUUCGCCUUUGUGGUCAGUCACGAGGGAAGAUUUCUCUACAUCUCAGAGACGGUGUCCAUCUACCUUGGUCUCUCACAGGUGGAGCUAACAGGCAGCAGUGUCUUUGACUACAUCCACCCAGCAGACCACGUAGAGAUGGCUGAGCGGCUGGGAAUGAGGUCAUACCGCAGGGGUGUGUCCCAGGCAGCCAAUGAGAACACAUCCAGCUCGGCAUCCACCUCUUCAUUGGCUGAGACGCCAGAGCCAGAAGCCUCCCGUCCCUUCCCCCCAGAGGAGGACUCCCCCUAUCGCAGCUUCUUCAUCCGGAUGAAAUCCACCCUCACAAAGCGGGGGCUGCACAUCAGGUCUUCCGGAUACAAGGUGAUUCAUGUGACAGGUCGGAUUCGCAGUCGGCCCACCCAUAGCUCCGCCCCCUCUGUGCAGCGUGAGAUGGGAUUGGUAGCCCUGGCUCACACGCUCCCGCCCUCCACUCUCAAUGAAGUGCGCAUGGAGAGUCACAUGUUUGUCUUCCGGGUCAACAUGGAUCUGCAGGUCAUCUACUGUGAGAACAGGAUCAAAGAGUACAUGGACCUGAGCCCAGAGGAGCUGAUUGGACAGAGCUGCUACCACUUCAUUCACGUGGAGGACGUGGACUCAAUCCGACACAGCCACGAGGACUUGCUAGUGAAGGGUCAGGUGGUGACUGGGUAUUAUCGUUGGCUCCAGCGACGUGGUGGGUUCCUAUGGAUUCAGUCAUGUGCCACCAUCUCCUUCAACCACAAGUCCCCCCAAGACAGGAACAUCAUCUGGGUCAACUACGUGCUCAGUCGACCGGAGUUCCUGGACAUUCCCCUGGACCUCCAGCAGCUGGGAGAGUCCUCUCGCCCGUCCAGAGAACCCCAGGCGACAGACGACUGCUCACAAGAAGCCAAGGGUAAAGACACCACACCUCUCCAGGACUUGGACAGUGUCAAUGCAUCAGAGAUUAGAGUUGUGCAUCCCCGAGGGAGCCAAUCUGAGGAAAGGAGGAAGAGGGGCCAGCAGUGUGUCUCUGUGGAGGGUCCCCCGGAAACAAGGGCAAAGGGGAACCAGAGCCCUUUGUCCUCGGAACCGGAGAGCGAGAGUGAGAGUGAGAGGGAGGGAGAACCUCUGUCCAAGCACAUCAAAGUGGAGGAGCGGAGGCUGGAGUCUGGAGGCAGUGAGGCCGAGGAGGAGGAGGAGGAGGAGGAGGAAGAGGCAGGGAGGAUCCCGAAUGGGUGUGCAGUGAUCCAGCACAGGAAAUUCCCUUCAACAUCUUCCUACCCGGAACACGAGAUCAAAACCGAGCUAACUGGGAGUGACGUAGCCACUUCAGGAAUCUGGGGCUUCCAUUCUCUCCCUUGCAUCCCACUUGACACUCAUGCCCCUGGGCAUGAAAAUGGGCAUGCUCAUAGGAAUGGUCCUCGGAUCUGCAUUCCUGACUCUGUCCUGACUCCCCCUGGAGGAGAGGCCCCUCCUAAAGCCUUGGUCACCCCCUCCGUGGAGGCUCUCUCCCCACCGCUCUCCGGUUCUCCUCUCUCUCGGGAGGAAAGACUAGUCCCCACUCCCUCCAUGCCCGAGUUCGAACUCCUGCAGAGGCUGGGGUUCGGGAGAGGAGUUAGCGGGCUGGGAGGGAUUAGUCGGUUGGUCCUCCCUUUCCCUCGAUCAAUGGGAGGCCCCACUCCUCACAGCCUGUAUGCCCCCAGCACCAUCCGCUACGCCCCUGCAGAACUCCACCUCCCUCAGACUGGGGCUCAUCAUCAGCACCACUCCUUGCACUCCACGGACCCCCAAGCAGACCCCAAGCCCCCGUCGCUGUUCCCCCAUCUCCAGAGACUCAGUGGGUUGCCUCCUUUCAGUGGCUUCACAGCCCUGGACACCCCCUUCUCAGCUCUGUCAUUCUCCAUCAACGGGCUCCGUGGUCCUGCUACCGAUAAAGACGAAGACUGAGUCUUCUCCUAUUGGGACAUUUACUAGGACUGUAGCCAGAGCAGCUGGGUUAAAUCGCUCGUCUCCGAAAUAAGGCCAUAUGAUAAGGAUAUUGACCACAAUGUAGGCAAGACAGCUACAGUGGCCACGCCUGCUUUCACUUUAACAGUAUGGCGGGGGCAAUGUGGUAUUAACCACUAUUAAGGCCAUUCUGUACAUUUUUUGGGGCUAGUUAGUGUCGUUGCCACUAUAACAGCAUUUUUUCAGGGUAUUUCUUUAGAUCAUUCAAUUCGCAAAGACUGAGCAUCACCCUGAAUUGGUUAUUAUUGGGGGAUAAACGUUGUGUCUGGCAUAUCUGAAUGUAUAGCAUAAUGGUGUCUGUAUUAGCGAGGCACUGCUGUAUACAGAAAUCACAUAGCCAUGACAUUUGUUUUCUGCACAGAAAUCCACUGUGGCAGCGGUGGGGUGUUUGAUGAGGUUGUAUUGUACAGAAUAUUUGUGCGAGUAUUUACAGUAUGAAUGAAAAUGCUGAUCAAUUGUACAGUACCGGUGCUGUGAAGAAAGAAAACGGGAAACCUGUAUCACUUGUAAAGAACGGUCUGUACCUCCUUGUUAAUUGUAUAUAAUUGUAAAAUAUCACACUACAUAUUGUUGUGCUUAAUAUGGUAGCGAGAACACAAUUGGGCGAGACCUGUCACUGUUCGUCUUCCAAUCAGAGGACAGCUUAGUUUUAGGUAUUUGUAUUCAUAUGCAGAUUACAUUAACCCAUUAAGUACCAAAUAACAUUUUCUUUGAAAAACGUGUUGAAACGUUAUGCCAUGUCAAAUACAUAUGAAUGUAUAAAAAAAAGACAUCAUUUUCUGUAUCUUGCUUAGCUGGAAGGAAUUGUUUCGGGAAAUGAUAUUUCCUGCCAGCUAUGAAGUUAAUUGAACCCGGGCCCGUAGUGUGUUCAUUUCCAUCACUGUAGCUUAACAUAGGGUAAAAAAAAAAAAAACAAGCUAACGUGUGAAUAAUCCGUGUGAAUAAUCCAUCCAGUCAGAACUUGAACUGAAUAAAUAAAAAUACUGUGAAAAUAAAAAUAAUAAAAAACACAUCUAUGCCAUUAAA